CAAGUACAGCAACAGCAACAUCAACAGCAACAGCAACAACAGCAACAUCAACAGCAACAGCAACAACAUCAACAGCAACAACAGCAACAGCCAUGCAUUCCUACGUUAGCUCCCCAGUGGGCUCCAAAAUGACGAAGCAGUCCCCGAG